UGAAGGAGCAAAUCCAAUCGCACUGUCAAACUUCACUUCAGCACCUAGAAAAAUGAUGAGGUACGGCGUUUCAAGGCGGAGGCGGGCUCUGGUACGCUGGUUUCUGAUUCUCUGCGCAGCUUUUACUUCCAUAACCUGGCUCAUGCUCACACUAAGAUCCCUCGACGCACCGCCGAUUACCACCACAACCGCCGCCAACGGAGCCAUGCUUGAUUUGCCUGCCCAGCUGGAGCUCCGGGAGCUUAAAAGAGACGCGUCUUUGUCUUCGGCCGAGGCACCCGUUCAAGCUCGGGCCAAGACCUGUGCUACGGUGGAGGAAAUGGGCAAGGGUUUUAAAGGGAGGAUCGUGAAGGAGACUCUUAGAGUUGGAAGAGUUAUUCAAGCUCACUUUUCUAGAAAUGGCGCUCCAAGAAUACGUGAACUUCCUCCGGAGCGGUUCUGUAGACAUGGGUUUGUGAUCGGAAAAAGCAUCGGAAGGUGGUUUUGGGAACGAAAUGUACAAGCUAUUAACCGCCCCUGCCUUGAGUGUAAUGCCGAACCGGUUGCUGAUCAUUGGGCAAGCCAGGCAUAUUAUUGGAAGCCUCGACCCGCCCUUGGUCCAUCUUUGACUGCAGGCUUAGGAAGAGAAGCUGCACUGUUGGUUCAUUCCUGACUGUAGAAUUAAGAAGAGAAUCCGUCCCCUCGGUCCAUCCCUGACUGCAGGCUUAAGAAGGGAACCAUCUGCUGCAACUGAUGAGCCUAAUUAUGGCAACAUGGCUCACACUUGAUAGUGCAAGGAGGAUUUGAGGCAAGCCUAAAGAUUUCAGACUUCAUAGUCAAUUUUUCACUGGUGAGGUACUCAGGGGCACAGUAACCAUGUGUUACAUGAAGGAGCUGAAUGCCUCACCGGUGGAAAAUUGAGUACGAAUUCUGAUAUCUUUAGGGGUGGUCCUAUUGGAUCUGAUUACUGGACAUAAAGCUCGCGAUGACAACCGUGCUCGUGAAGAACGAUUCCUUGUUGAUUAGGCGCGAUCGAUGUUGAGAGACGGAAUGAACAUUUCGAACGUAAAGGAUCCAUUGCUGAGAGGUCACUUCUCCAAGUCAAGCAUGAAGAAGGCCCUAGAGGUGUCCUUCCUAUGCAUUCUUAGAAAAUGCUAAUUGCAGACCCUCUAUUAGUGAUACAAUGCUUGCUCUUGUUUACUUGACUUCCCAUCCAUAUGGCGCACAUGAAGCAGCUAAAAGGGUUAGCGUGAAAGUGCCCGAGAACGAAGAGUCUCCCACGGAAACAACCAGGAUGUUAGAAAGGGAUUCCAACAGAGAGCGAGCCGUUGCCGAGGCCCGCCAAGAUGUUGGGGGAGCGUCGGACGGAUAAACGAAAUCAGAGCUCGGGAAAUGCUUCACAUGCGUCAAACUGUUGUUAGAUGUUGAUAAAAAUU